CUCUUCUCGGCACAGAGAGAGAGCCUAUGUGCGGUGGUGGUGCUAUCGCGCGUUUCCCGAUAUCGUUCGGCAACAGAUAAUAAACGGGCGAGGUCGACGCUGAUUCACCGAAGCCUCUGGCUGGCUGAUUCAGCAUGUUCGCAAAAUCCAGAGGCAGCAGCACGACGCCGUGCGACUUGCUUCCCGAUCCGAUACGCAACACAUACGAGAUCGGCAAGCAGUCCGCCACAGCCGGACCGGAGAACGUCUGGCGCAUAUACGAUGGCUAUCGGAAAAAGGACAGGAUGGAGGUCUCGAUCUUUCUGUUUGACAAACGAUCCGUGGAGAAGCUGCACAAGCCGAAACGCCGAGAAACGGUCACGGACAUUCUACGAGCGGGAGCUGCUCAAAUGGAGCGGUACUCGCAUCCGAAGCUUCUUCAGGCGUACAAAGUGGAGGAGUGCGCGGACACGUUGGCCUUCGCGUCGGAGCCGGUCCUCGCCAGCUUAGCGAAUGUCCUGGCGUACAAGGAGCAGUUGGCAAAUACGCUCGCGGCGCAAUCCUCGGGGCCGAUGGGCAAGCAGAACCACCCGCCGACCACCAGCCACCGUUCGACCUUUGUCAAGGAGUAUGAGCUGCUCGAAUUGGAGGUCAAGUACGGGCUUCUACAGAUCACGGAAGCCCUAUUAUUUCUUCAUGGCAACUGUAAAUUUCUCCAUAGAAAUGUUUGCCCGACGAGCAUCAUUAUCACAAAAAGAGGCACGUGGAAGUUAUCGGGGUUCGAGUUUAUCGAGGGUGCCAAGGAAAUACCGAUAACCGUGCAGUCAUGGACGAAGCACAUGCCGAAAAUGACUCAGCCGAAUCUCGAUUACAUAGCACCAGAGGUACAGCAGAAAAAGCUCGGGAGCUUCUCCAGCGACAUGUACAGCCUAGGGAUGACGAUAUGCGCGAUUUACAAUCAGGGCCGGCCACUGAUACAGGCAAAUCACAGCUGCUCGGAUUAUCUCAAGCAACUCGAGACCCUUGACGAUCAAGUUGCCGUUCUUUUGCCACUGAUACCGAUACCACUUCGGGAAGCUGUGACGCGACUUUUGCACAAGGACCCCAAGCAGAGACCAACUGCGCAAGUUUUGACCAUGAUCAAGUUCUUUCAAGAUCCAUUCGUACACGCUCUGCAAUUUCUCGACGUCAGCAAGAUGAAGGACGUGCAUCAGAAGGAGCACUUUUACACGACGACUUUGAGAGAACUUCUGCCGUAUAUGCCAAAGAAACUCUGGUAUCAGCAUAUCUGGACGUAUCUUCACGCGGAGCUGCAGACGCAGGAAGUGCUGUCGGCCGUGCUGCAGCCCAUGCUGUACAUUGUCCAGAACAGCACGAAGGAGGAAUACGAACGGAUUGUGUUUCCCACGCUUAAACCUCUCUUCGCCAAUCGAAAGUCGAUUCAGGGAACCGUCACCCUACUGGAAAAUCUGCACAUCAUCCUGGAGAAGACGCCCCAGGAAUACGAACACGAGGUGCUCUCGACGCUGUACACGUCCUUUGAAAAUUCGACCAUUCAAGUGCGGACGGCCGCGUUCGUGGCCGUGGCACACGUGACGAAUUAUCUCGAAGAUGACGCUAUACGUAAUGUGGUGCUGCCGAAACUACUAGACGCCUUCGAAAAUAAUUUGACGAAUGCUCGGGUACUCAUGGAUGUGGUUCCAUGCAUCCUAAGUCGCCUUGAGAAGCAGAAGAUCAUCGAUUGCAUUCUUCCGCUGCUCUGUAAAAUCAAGCUGCAAGAACCCGAGAUCGUCGUGCGGGUUGUAAAUAUUUACAGGGUGAUGUUGACCGAUAAGAAAUAUGGGUUAUCAGUGAAUUGGAUUGCGACGCAUGCAAUGCCUUCUCUAUUACCGCAAACCGUGAAUCCGAAGCUGAAUCUCGAGCAAUUCAUAUUGCUCCUUGAGGUACUGCAGGAUAUGCUGAAUAACAUUGAGAGAAAUCAGAGGAACAAACUGACGCUCGACAAUCUCUCUUUACCGAGUCCCGACAAGUCUCGACCCUUGCGACACCAAUAUAGCACCGACAACGUACACGUGCCGGCGUUUAACAUUCCCAAUUUGCGCAUCGAGCAACGCAAGACCUCGUCGGCCGAGGACAUGGCCAGAAAGAAUAGCAUUGGAUCCAUAUCAACGGCAUCCGCGGAAAAUAUGGCGCGGAAAAGUUCAGUGGCUGCGAUGUUCGGCGGAUGGUUCAACUCGCCCUCGGCCAACGACAGUAAUUUCCUGCGAGUCGCCAAUACAUUCACCAACAGACGACUGUCGGACAACACCCUGAUGACACCGAAGAUACGGAUAGCGCCGUCCUGCGCGAGCUCGCCAGGUGGGACGCCAGGCACCAGCCUCCCGCUGAUCCGUCGACACUCCAGUACGGGUCCCCAGGACCGACGCGGGUCCAAUAUUAAUUUAUCCCCGCCCACGGGUGGGGCCAUCCGAAUAACAUCGAGAUCUGUUCGCAGGGUGCCCUACCUGCUCAGUUCAAGCUUGAACAGUAUUCGUGGUUCGAGACGGCCGUCCGUGUCCUCGACAUCGUCGCAGCAGGGACUCGGACUACUGCAGCAGGUUGGCUCCAGCAUGGUAAGACAACUACCCCCCAUCUGCCUGAACCUGAACGGACCACCACCACCACCAACACUCUCUCCAUCACUCCAGCUACCGGGACAGCAUUCCCACUGACCCUCCGUUACAGUUAUCAAUUCUUCAAUAGACAACCCGAAGCGUGAAGCGCCAACGAUUGUCGCUGAACGAAGCUCGGACAAGAUCACGGUGGUUGUGGAGUCUCUAAUGAACGCACACCGAUCUCCUUGCACGCUCGGUCAAUCGUAAAGAAUAAAACAAGGAGGAGGUGAUAAUGAAUCGUAGGAGACUCUCGUCCAAGGAUACGUCCCCGUGCAACAAGAUGCGACGAUAAUUCUUUCUUAAUUGGCCUCGAGAUCCCGAGAAGACGCGAAGAUCUCUUAUCGGGAAUUGACGAUUCGAUCUACGUCCCCCAGGAAUAGAUCGUGAUUUGAAGAGAAAUGGAAAGCGGCACUCGCUGCGGAUUAUUCUGGCCAGAUCUGGACCGAGCGAAUGCGAAUGAAAAUGCGAACAUGCGACUGGCCUCGGUGAGUAUUUCCGUUUGCGAUCGUCGAGACGAGAUGCUCAACAAUCCCCAAGUAGAACACAAGUCAUCACGACGUCACAAAUUCCUUAUCCUAAAAUUUCAUAACUUUUCCUUGAUUUUCAGACAAAAUUUCAUGAUUUCACUGAAAAAAA